GGACCAGGUGACACACCUGACUUCAGGAUUAAACAGGAGUAAACGCAGCCAUGACCAUCUCUUACACCCUCAAAGUAGCCGAUGCCAGAUUUUGUGGCUUCUCCAAACUCCUGUUCAGGUGGAAGGGAAGCAUCUACAAGCUGGUUUACAAAGAGCUGCUGGUUUUCUGUGGCGUUUAUCUGUUUUUCAGCCUGUUUUACAGGCUGAUGCUCACUACACGGCAGCAGGAUAUGUUUGAGCGCGUCGCCCUUUACUGUGAUCAGUUCACAAACACCAACUUCAUCCCAGUUCUGUUCGUACUGGGUUUCUACGUGACCUUGGCCUUUAAUCGUUGGUGGGGUCAGUACACCAGCUUCCCGCUGCCUGAUAACUUGAUGAUGGUGGUGUCCGGAAACGUCCACGGUGUAGACGAGAGAGGUCGUCUGCUGCGACGGACGCUCAUGAGAUACGCCAACUUAUCUUCAGUUCUUAUUCUGCGCUCCAUCAGCACGAGAGUUCUCAAACGAUUCCCAACGUUGGAGCACAUAGUGGAGGCCGGAUUCAUGACGACACACGAGCUGAAACUCUUUGAGUCACUUCACUCUGAUUUCAACAAGUACUGGAUGCCUUUGACCUGGUUCUCUAACCUGGCAUCCAUAGCCAGAAAGGAGGGUCGCGUGAGGGACGACAUCGCUUUGAGACUUCUGAUGGACGAGCUGAAUAAAUACAGAGCCAAGUGCAGCCUCCUGUUUCACUAUGACUGGAUAAGCAUUCCUCUUGUCUACACUCAGGUCGUUACUAUAGCAGUUUACUCUUUCUUCGCCUUCUGCGUGAUUGGCCGACAAUUUCUAAACCCCGAGAAAGGAUACAGGAACCACAAUAUGGACCUGUACGUCCCUGUUUUCACCCUUAUGCAGUUCUUCUUCUACGCCGGCUGGCUCAAGGUCGGGGAGCUGAUCAUCAAUCCAUUUGGCGAGGACGAUGAUGACUUUGAAACCAACCAGCUGAUUGACAGAAACAUUGAGGUGUCGAUGCUGGCUGUAGAUGACAUGUACCAGAACCUGGCUCCGAUUGUGAAGGACAAGCACUGGGCGCAGAGACAUUUCUCCAUCCCUUACACCCUGUCGACAGCAGCAGAGACUCUCAGACCGGCCUUCAAAGGCUCCACCUUUGACAUGAGGAUGAGUGUGGAGGAUCUUGAGAUUCAUCAGCCCGGAGACUCUCCUGGAAAGAAACAGUAUUUACCUCUUAGGGCCUCUCUGGGCGACGGUCCCGACAGUGUCCUGCAGAGGGGCAAAGGUAUCCUGCGAGGUGGGAGCCUCCCCUCUCUGGUGGAUGUCUCAGCACACCCAAAUGAGGAGGACGAGGUCACCAACGCCACCAACCACAAAGAACAGACAUUCAUUAACGUCGUAGUCGAACAAAUCUAGUGAAGAUGAUGAAACUGUAAUGUUUUUUUGAACUGACUUUUAUUGUGU